ACCCAUACAGUCCAUGGUCCCACCUGGACAAACUUCGCGGGCAUAUAUGACAACUCUUAUCAGUGGUAAAACCUCAAACAUGGACCGCUUUAUUUUAACUGUGAAAUGCCUCACAGAUAAGUUUCUGCAGAAACAGCAGACAGAUUACAGUGAAGUGAUAGAGAAGAUCUUCUCUGAAGUCUCUGGCCUAGAGGAUUCCACCAAAAUACUAGAUCCACAGCUUGAGGAAUGUGCCAUCCAGUUGUGGAACUGGGCAGUUACUAAGAAUGUGGGCACCACCAUAAGUAAAAUUCAGAAAGCCAAAGUGCGCCAUGUCGCAUGCAGUCUUUUGUACUGCUGUGAGCCUGAGAAUCCAACAGAGGGCAUCAUCCGCAAGCAGAUCCUGAUGGCCAGCAAAACAGGAAGAACCUGGCUAGACUGCAAAAAUCCCCAGAUGGCAGAUAACUUCUUAAGGCUUGCUGUCAAGAGCCUGGAAACCCUCUAUAGUCAACUAACAUCCAGAAGUGACGGCGCAGCUGACAUCAGCUCAUCCAAAGGCGAUGUUGAGAAGGAUCUGCUUCGAAUUCUCUCCUGCCAGGCAGAAUCGGCCAUAAGUCAAGGGAAUAACCAUGAGGCUGUGGUCUGCAUGCAGCGCUGUAAAGACAUGCUGCUGCGGCUACCAAAAGAAACUGUGUACCUCUCCCUUAUGUGCUACAACUUUGGAAUAGACACUUACAACAUGAGAAAGUUUGAGGACAGUGCAUUCUGGUUGAGCCAAAGCUAUGACAUCGGGAAGAUGAAUGUCAAAUACGCUCCCGGAUCUGAAGUCCAGGCCAAGGUUUUGCGGCUCCUUGCCACUGUUUACUUGGAGUGGGACUGUCAGAGGUUUCAUGAGAAGGCUCUUAAUGCUGUCAGCUUAGCCAACAAGGAAUGUGCGAGCGCCUCUGGGCGGUACUUAAAGAUCAGAAUACUCCUGAGAUGUGGGGCCUCAGACGAUCAUAUCAGAGCAGGACUUAAUGAGAUGCUGGAAUCUGAGGUUUCUCUUGAAGUGUGUCUCAGCACAGUGAAACUACUCAUGUCUGAAGACAGAGAAGUGCUGGGAUUCGAAUAUUUGAAACGUGUGGGUCAGCACUUUGAGUCGUCCCCCGACCUUGGAACUGCUCUUGUUUUGCACGUUGAGCUGCUACUACAGAGAGGCAAAGAGCUGUUGGGCAAACAGAAAAUAGAGGAUAUCAUCACUGGCCACUACACAGGUAAACAACUGACUCCACAGGCUCUCACAAGUCUACAUGUCAUGCUGUGGGAUAAAGCAUCCAAACACUUUGAGGCCAGAAACUACUCUGAGGCUCUGCAGUGGUAUAACUACUCCCUGAGUUUCUUUAAGGCAGGUCAGAUGGACUCCAACUUGGCUAAACUGCAGAGGAACAGAGCUUCCUGUUUCCUGCAACUAAAGCAACUGGAAAAGGCAAAAGAAGCAAUUAAAGAAGCAGAGAGAUGUGAUCCUGACAGCAUUUUCACUCAGUUCAGUGUUUACAAGAUUGCAGUGCAGGAGAACAAUGUGGAGAAAGCUGCAGAGGCAGUGAAUGCAAUGGGACUUCUGUCCAAGAGUCCUAUGGCCAGUGAGGACAAACUCCUGGUAUCUGAAAAUGCUGCUUCCAAUCUCCUCAGUCUGGCUGCUCAGAUUGCUUUGGAGAAUGAACAACAGGACACGGCCAUGAAGGCCCUGGAGAGUUUGUGUGAAAACUCCAAAGAUGAAGCCCAGGUUCUGACUGCUCUCAGGUGUUUGGUUCGACUUGUGCUCUCCACAAUAGAAAGAUCGAGUGAUGACAUGAGGAAUGUCAAUCUGGAUGUCCUGCUUCCAUAUCUAAAAAUGGCUCUGCAGAAAGUUUCACACCAAUCUUGCAUGACUGUUGAGAAACGCACAGAGGAAGCUAACUGGUUCAGGAAGAUUGCUUGGAACUCGGCUCUGCAGUGCGAGAGCAGCCCUGACAGAAUGAGGGAUUUCUUUGUGCUCUCUUACCAGCUCUCCCAGCUGUGCCCUCCUGAUCGAACAGUGCUCAUGGGCCAGAAGACAUGUCUGCUAAUGGCUGCUGCUGCCUCUUUGGAGCUCUGCAGGAAGUCUCCUCACUCAGCCCAGACUGAAGAGCUUACUCAGGCUCUGGAGCAUAUUCAGAUCUGUUGGGAGGUGUGGAAAACCCUGAAAGCAUCAGGAAGCUUCCCAAUGGACCCAACAGACACUCUGCUGCUGUUGUAUGAGUUUGAGGCUCGUGCUAAGCUGAAUGACCCCAAGGUUGAGACAGUACUGGAGUCCGUCCUGGAGCUUGAAAACAUUGAAACCAAAGUGCUAGAGACCAUUGCAGCCUUAGCCAUGGAGCCCCCAGCCCACUUCCCUCUGCUGUGUAAGAAGGCCUUGAGAGUUGCUCUCUCUCUGCACAAGAAACAACCACAGGCUGACCUGGCGCGCUGCAGCAAGUGUGUUCACAGCCUGAUCAAGCUGUCCCUCCCAAGCGGUGUGUCAGAGGUGGAGGCCCAUGUGCUUGAGGAAGUGUGGGGCUACUAUGAGGAGGCCCUGUCCAUCAUUGCAGCCGCACUGGACGACUUCCCAGAGAUGGAGAUCCUGUGGUUGCUGACUCGUGCUUGGAACACAGGAAUAUUGCUGUACAGCCUGGCUCAGUACCCCGAGGCUGAGAAGUGGUGUGGGCUAGCCAUGAGCUUCGUCCGCCACCUGGGAUCCCUGCAGGAGAGCUACGAGAUGCAGAUGUCUGGUCUCUACAGUGAAAUCCUGGACAGGUUGGACAAAGCCAAGAGGAACCUCAUAAUGGAAGAAUAACCAAACUGGGACAGAUGUGUGCCGGUGGCAGUGGAUCUCAUAUCAGGGAAAAGACAAAGAAAACAUACAGGCUUUACACCGUCCACAGGAGGGAGGCAGGAACUGGCUGACUCGGGGGAACUGGAGGGAAAAGGUGUUUCCAACCAGGCAUAACAACACCCUGCUCUGGUGACAGAUAUAUUCCAGCUCUGUGUGACCUUAUCUGACAAAACUCUACUAAACAUCUAUUGUAAAGACCCCAUGAGACAUUCAGAAUAAGUGUAACGCUCACUCACCCUCCCUUGGGAAUGCAUUUUUUAUAUGUACUGUGAAUCUGAGUAGGUGUGUGUGUGUGUGUGUGUGUGUGUGUGUGUGUGAGUGUGAGCACACGCACAUAGGUCUGUGUGUGUCACUCUAAAUGUGUGUGGUUUUAGCAUUCCCAGCUGGGUCCGCAGUGACAAAGCAUUUUUUUUCUCUGAGCUCAGGGGACAGCUGCUUGACACAGUACAACCACACACUUACUCAAACUCUUUGAUCCAUAAAAGUCAUCGCUUAACCCUGGGAAGUCCUAGGUGUCCCGACAGGUGAUAGCAGAAACCAAGAGAAGAGAGCAGACAGGAAGAAGAAGAGGUUAGUGAGAGUCAGGGCAGAGAGGGAGAGGAGUGGUGUGUAGUGCUUGCCAGGCCCACUGACACAUGGCGCUGUGCUGUACUCAUUAAGCCUGAGCCCCACUUUGUUCAUAGUAAGCCAUGGCCUUUCAAUUACACAAGCCCAAUCCCAUUAAAAUGGGAUUUUGACCUGUUAAGUGUUAAAGCUUCAGUCCAGUUAAUGAGAUUCUUCUUGUUGUGGGUCAGUGACUGACUGGAGAAUUGAUCAGGACUUAUACAAGGAGUAGCAUCUCAGUGUUAGAAGGCCUGUGUGUUAAUGCAGCCAAGAACUUGCACAGACACACAAAUACACACACACACACACACCCACAGCUGGCAGCACACACAGCUAGACACUCCUCUGGAGCCCGUAGACAGAUGUACAGACACACCAGAGAGAACCCCGCAUCUCCAGCCUGAUGCUGGCUCUGCGUGUGGGGUAUCUCCCUGGGACAGUGAGAAAGGGAUGAGAGUGGUGCCAUCACACAAACCAUCCCUGGAGGUGAGCGGAAAGAUGAAAGUUGAGAGACAGAACUGAGGCAUGAAGGGGAA